GCCCCUCCUUCCCUGCCAAGAUGGCGGCGCCCUUAGCGCAGCAGCUGCAGGAGCUGCUCGACCCCAGGCCCAGCUUCCACGACCCCGAGGACGAUGCGGAGGAAGCUACAGCUGCUAAAGUGAUUGACAGAUUUGAGGAUGAAACUGUGGAAGACCUUUUGCCUGUUGGUGACAUAAGGAAAAAAGCUUCAGCCUCUCUCUUGGAGGCUGAUAAAAGGUACAGAGGAAAAGCUACAUCUCGCAAGGCCUUGCAAGAGGAGCUGUGGGGAGAUGCUCUGUCUGAAGAAGGGUCUGCUGAAGAAGCAUUAGAGGAAUGGUACAGUGGCAGUGAGGAUUCAGAAGAGAGUGGCAGCUUAGGCAGUAAAGCAGAGGAGAAGCCCAGCAGUGCUGGCAGUGAGCAGGAAGAUGGCUUGGAAGAUGAUGAAGAGGCAGAUGUGUCUGUCAAGGCCAAGGCACCAAAGUUCAGUUUCCAGAGUAUCACAGACUUUGAGAAGUUCGCAGAGGGGAUGGAUGAUGCAGGGAGCAGCGAGGGGGAAGAUGAAGACGAUGCCAGCAUGGAAGGAGGAAGCGAUGAGGAGGAACGCGAGAGCGAGCCCCACGACGGCGUAAAGGAGAGCAAAGACACGGAGCAUGAGGAGGGAAUAAUGACAUUCUCAAAGAGAGAAGAGGCUGAAGAAGUAGAAAAGGGAAGAGCUGUGAAGAACCAGCUAGCACUCUGGGACCAGCUGCUGGAAGGGAGAAUCAAGAUGCAGAAGGCGCUGGCGACAGCCAACCGGCUCCCACAGCCGGAUUCCUUCCCGCUCUUCAGGAAGGAGGGAGGACAGGAGUUUGACAAUGCUGUUGAGAGCUGUUACAAAGCCUUGGAGGCAUUGCUGAGAGUGUUAGUGGACCUUCAGGAUGAGCUGCUUUAUCAGUACCCAGGCACGAGGCAUCUGGUGGAUGGCAAGCGGUCAGAGCCUGCCAGUGAUGAGGAAAUCCCUAGCAGCAGUGAUGAAGAGCAGGUGAAGAAGGCCCAGGAGAAGAGGAGGAGCCUCCCCAAGCGGAAGCUGAAGAUGGAGGAGUACCCGGAGUUCAUAGCCAAGCGCUACGCUGACUUCAGGACCUACCGCAACAGCGUCCUGCAGAAGUGGCACGAGAAGACCAAGCUGGCAGCUGGCAAAAUGGGCAAGGGGUUCGGUGCCUUCGAGCGCUCCAUCCUGGCUCAGAUCGAUCACAUCCUGCUGGACAAGGAGAGGCUGCUCCGGCGCACGCAGACCAAGCGCUCCGUCUACACCGUGCUGGGGAAGCAGGAGCCCCCUCCCCUCCCUCAGCCUGUGCCUGGAGACCUGGAAGUCCUCCCUCCCUCAGAUUCCAACAGGCACCUGAAGGACAUAGAUGAGGAGAUAUUUGAUGAUGAUGACUUCUAUCACGAGCUCCUCCGGGAAUUCAUCGAGCGUAAAACCACUUCGUGGGACCCCAACGACCAGGUUGCGAUGGGCAGGCAGUGGUUGGCCAUCCAGAAGCUCCGGAGCAAAAUCAAGAAGAAAGUGGACAGAAAAGCCAGCAAAGGAAGGAGGAUCAGGUACCACGUCCAUAGCAAGCUGGUGAGCUUCAUGGCACCCAUUGACCACUGUGCAAUGAAUGAUGAUGCCAGGACGGAGCUGUAUCGGUCGCUGUUUGGAACGAUCAGGAGUGAAGAACCCACCCAGGGCUAGACCAGGACUGGCCCCACCAGCCCCCUGCCACCCUGGCUCCUCACAUCUCUGCCUGGGCAGCCUCCUGCUGAGCCCCCACGAAGGGUUUGCUCCUCCAAGCCUCACUGAGGGACCAUCAACAUCACUCCAGCUCAGGAAAAGGAGUGGGGGCUCAGUGCCCUUCUCUCCAGCUCCAGGGGCACCUCUGCUUCCUGCCACACUCAGCCCAUCUGUGGCAGUCCCUGCCCUGGAUCCUGCAGCACAGUGCUCUGCCAGGGGAGGGCCACACAGGUCAGAGCAGCAGGGACCCCCCCAGCCCUGCAAUCAGGUCACCCACGUUUGUGUGACAGCCUCAGGAGAGCUGUGGCUGGGGGGCUGGGCUGGGGGCUAAACGUGUUCUGGUGCUUGGCUGCAGAGCUGGAAUGUGGGACUUUAUUUUUCACCCAGCCAAGAGGAUUUAAAUGUCAUUUACAUAAUCACCAUGGCCUUAAAACAGAGAGAGCUCUGCAGCUCCCAGCUCACACUGCCUGUGCCGGGGGGAGCACAGCACUGGGGACACCUGGAGGGCUCUCUGCAGUUAAACCUUGGUGAGGUCCCAGUCCAGCACUAAUCUUUGCUGCUGGGCUUGACUCAGCCCUCCUGGCUUCACCAUCACACUGCUGAGGCAUUCCAGCACCAGGGCACCGCUGGCCAGAGGAGAGGGCACAGCUGAGGGCUUGGUGGGGCUUUGGUAGCCAAAGGUCAGAAGCCAGGAGUGAAAUCCCCAGGAGGGCCUUUGUUACCCUGCUGUGCUCAGUCUGUGUCAAGGAUAGGUGCAGGUGGCUGUGGCUUGGGACCACUCUGGCCUUGCUUUGUGGCUUACACUAAAACCUCUGUCAGCUGCUUGUCACCAGAGCCCUGGCUGUCAGCCCCACCAGCAUUGUGCUAGUGGGGGCCUGGGUGGCUUUGAGCAGCAACAACCAAGGCCAGGCUGAGGUUGCAGGAGCAGUGUGGGGUGGACGCUUGUGCAGGGGAAGCUUAGACUGGAUGCAGCCCUUGGCUGCAUUGUUGCACUCCCUGUGUCCCUGGAGCUGUUUGCACAGCUGCUGGUAGUUAAUCACUUUUGCACCUCACCAUUACAGAUCUAAGUCUCCCUUCCAGUCACCUGCUUCCAAUAAUGAGCCUCCCACCACCCUCAGUGUUGUAGGGAGCAGAGGCCACCACAGCCAUGGACAGCCUGCUCAGCUGCAGGGACUUGAGCUGUGAUUGGGGCUGUUUAAAAGCAGGGACGA